UUCACAUUUUAGUUCAUAAAAGAGCGUGUCGGUUGCCGGAACUAAGUGCAGUUUUGUUGGCACUUUACCCUAAAAUUUACAAACUUCUUGUAAACGAAGUUUUAAAGUUAAUAAAACCGACUAGUGAGGUGUGGUUUAAACAAAUUUUUAACAGAAAAUUCUAUGUAAAUUUUGUCCUUUCCGAAGAAACCAAUUGAUAUUAUUUGGAUAAAUUCUUUGAAAUAUUUCUAUCGUCUUCGCAUCGUUUCGUAAUGACAUCUUUAUUUCAGGUAACCGAUAAAACUCGCCUCUCAAUUUACAUUGCCGCAGGAAUAGGAUUUAUAACAGCUUCUGGCUUAAUAUGUAUCUACAAACGCUACAGAGACAAUUACAUUCCUCCGAAAGAAUGGAAAAAAAUUGGCGAACUAACCGAUCUUAUUUGUUAUCCAGUGAAAUCUUGUGGCCCAGUUCGGGUGAGUUCAAUAUAUUGCUCAAAACUUGGACUAGAAAACAACCUAAUGCGUGACAGAAUAUUUAUGUUAGUAGGGACAAAUGGUGACUUUGUCACUGCAAGACAAUACCCAAAACUAGUUCUUGUUCAACCAAGUUUUCAUGACAAUUUUAUGAAAUUGUCAGCACCUGGAAUGAUUGAUGUAAAAAUUGAUAUUGAUAGACUUAAAAAACUAUCUCCUAUAACGACUCGAGUUUGGGGUCAACCUGUAAAAACAGUUGAUUGUGGAGAAGAAGUUGCUCGUUGGUUCUCACGUUACAUUCUAGCUGAAGAUUUUGGUCUGCGGUUAAUGUACUAUCCGUUAGAUUAUUCUACACGAGAAGUUAAAGGUUCAUUAAAAAAGUUCAGUACAAUGCUAAAAGAAGAUACAGGGGCUCUUCAUGAUGCUACAAGCUUUAUGCUAUUAAAUGAAAGCUCAAUAGCUGAUUUGAAUACUCGUUUACAAACUCCUGUAUCAGUUUAUAAUUUUAGACCAAAUUUCCUUGUAAAGGGUCCAGCGGCAUUCGAAGAAGAUAAUUGGAAAUGGAUUAAGAUUGGCGAAGAUGUCAUAUUUAGAUGUAACAAACCUUGCACGAGAUGUAUUUUUACUAAUGUCGAUCCAGAAACAGCUCAAAGAAGCCCUGAUGGUAAUCCUUUAAAAACACUUAAAGGAUAUAGACAAUUUGCCAAGAUUGGAAAGGACCCAGUUAUGGGUGUGCAUUUAGGAUUACGCAAAUCAGGAACAUUGAGUCUUGGCGAUUUGGUUUAUAUUGGUGUUUAGACAUUAUAAUAAUAUUAUUAUCGAGUGCGCUUAAGAAUAGAAUAUGGGAGUAAUAAUAUAAUCAGGGCUUAUGCAUCAAAAACUAACAUUUAUACAUUUUUGUACGCAAUAAAAAAUAACACUUUAAGUA